AUGCCUCCCGUAGCAGUAAGCGACAUGGACCUCCCCGCGGAGCCCGUCCACCCCCUCCCCGAAGCAAAGGAUCCUCUCGCCUCUUCCGUCGCAACACCUCAGCUCUUCUCUCUCUCCAACAAGACCAUCGUCAUUACCGGCGGCGGCCGCGGUCUGGGCAUCACCUUCGCCCUCGCCAUCCUCGAAGCCGGAGGCCACGCCGCUUGCCUCGAUAUCCUACCAGAGCCCUCACCCAUCGAGUGGGCGCACCUCACCAAGCUCGCCACCUCCAAGAACCUUUCCAUCUCAUACCACAAGUGCGACAUCACCGACGAGGAAGCUACGGAAAAGGUCUUUGAGGAGAUUGCAGACGCCGCCGACAGCCGCGGUGCUCCCUUCUGGGGCGCCGUCGCCUGCGCCGGCAUCCAGCAGAAGAUUCCCGCCCUCGAGUACCCCGUUGCCGACUUUGAGCGGAUACAAAAGGUCAACGUCGUGGGUGUCUUUGUGACGGCGAAGCACGCCGCCCGCGUGUUGGUGAAGCGCAAGAGCAAGGGCAGCAUCUUGCUCAUUUCGAGCAUGUCUGGAGAGAUUGCGAACAGGGGACUGACAUGCAGUGCCUACAAUACCAGCAAGGCUGCCGUUCAGCAGAUGUGCAGGUCUGUCGCUCAGGAAUGGGGCCAAUACGGUAUCCGCGUGAACACUCUGUCGCCCGGUUACAUCCGGACCGCAAUGACCGAUCAGCUUUUGCAGGCCGAGCCUGAGGUUGAGACAACUUGGAUGAGGGGAGCCCUUCUCCAGCGCCUGGGUACACCCGAGGACUUCAAGGCCCCGGCCGUCUUCCUCCUGUCCGAAGGCAGCUCUUUCAUGACCGGUGCAGACCUCCGUGUCGACGGUGGACACUGCGCCUCUGCUUAA